AUGUCUAAAACGAGUUUACAGAGUCCUAUUCUCAAAGAAGAAUUCAGUGAACUUCGAAACAUUGAACGGAGUAACCUCGAGUUUUUCUCCUACGUUGAUCGCACCACACCUCUUAGCGGAAUAUUACUUACAGAACUAAAUAUCGCCACUUUUUGUCCAAUACCUGCUGUCGGAUUCUAG